GCAAACGACGGUACAACAUUAAGUUGUGGAAGACCUUUACAGAUUGUUUCAACUGCUUGCCUAUCGUUGCCAUCAUCGACGAGAAGAUUUUCUGCUGUCACGGAGGUCUGUCGCCCGAUCUUCAGAACAUGGAACAGAUCCGUCGAAUUAUGCGUCCCACAGAUGUUCCAGAGCAGGGUCUUCUGUGUGACCUACUGUGGUCAGAUCCAGACAAGGAUGUCAAUGGAUGGGGUGAAAACGACAGAGGCGUCAGUUUCACGUUCGGUCCGGAGAUUGUGUCUAAGUUCUUACACAAGCAUGAUCUGGAUCUUAUUUGUCGAGCUCACCAGGUGGUAGAGGAUGGUUACGAAUUCUUUGCGAAACGACAGUUGGUAACACUCUUCUCGGCUCCAAAUUACUGC